AAUCCAGUCGGUACUGUGUUGUUUUGUUACGUUUGUGUUUUUGCUGUUUUGUGGUCUAUAGUUUUGUCUGUACGAUGAAUUUUAUGCAUGUUGACUAGUGCCCUGGACUCAUAAAUUCCUAGUGAAGCGGGACCUAUUUCAUAUCAGUGAACGUUGUGGGUGAAUGUUUCCAGUCAUCUCAGAUGUGCAUGCGAGUUUCUCCAACUGAUUCCGGUAACAGCGGAAUUUUAUUCGUUGGAUUCAAUCAAGAUUAUAGUUGUUUUGCAGUUGGUAUGCAAAAUGGAUUCAGAAUUUUCAAUUGCGAUCCUUUAAAACAAUUAGAACGUUAUGAAUUCGAUAUUCGAGAUGGUACCGGUGUUGGCUACAUGGAAAUGUUAUUUCGUACAAAUUUACUUGGUAUAUUGGGUGGCGGUAAUCAUUCACGUCUACCAAGUAAUGUCGCUUGUUUAUGGGAUGGAAUAAAGCAACAAUUUGUCUUAGAAAUCACCUGUGCUACAGAUGUUCGUGGCAUUCGUCUAAGACAUGAUCGAAUAAUAAUUAUACUUGUAAAUGCUAUCAAAGUGUACACAUUUAGUCCAUCACCUCAAUUAAUUUUUGAAUCAAAUACAUGUUCAAAUCCUUCAGGAUUAUGUUAUGUCUGUCAAAGUGUUGAUAAUCCAUUGGUUGUAUUUCCUGGUAGACGACCUGGUGUUGUAUCAUUAGUUCAUAUUGGAAAUACUGGUAGUAAUGUCAAUUUUAGUAACAACGCAAAUAAUAAUAAUUCUGGGAAUGUUACCAACAAUAACAGUAAUACCACUACUACUAAUAAUAUUGGAAAUACAAAUACAAUAUCCAUCAAUACUAUUUGUCCAUCAUCAACAAAUGCUACUAAUAUGCCACCAAGACAAAUAAUUGCACAUGAAAAUCCACUUGCAUCAAUCACUUUAAAUCGUGAUGGUUAUCUACUGGCAACAGCAUCACAAAAAGGCACAUUAAUUCGUAUAUUUUCUACAAAAGAUUGUACUUUAUUACAUGAAUUACGACGUGGCACUAGUCAAGCUACAAUUACAUCAUUAUCAUUUAAUAAAGAUAGUGAUUUAUUAUGUGUUACCAGUGAACGUGGUACUGCGCACAUAUUUUGUCUUACAAAAGAUUCUUUAACUAAUCCUCGUAAUAUUCAAAUUGGUAGUAGUAAUAGUAUUAGUAGUAGUAAUAGUAGUAAUACUAGUAUUAAUCAUAACCAUAGUCCUCAUUUGACAAAAUCUUCAGGAUUUGGCCAUGUACGAUGUGUGUUGGAAACGAAAUUCAAAGCUAUAUGUGCUUUCAGUUCUGUCAGUCCUGAUACUUUAAUAGUUUUAUCCGCAGAUGGGUCUUACUACAAGUACACAUUCACAGCAAAUGGUACGGUAACCCGUGUAACAUUUGUAAACUUUCUAGAUUUCUACGAUGAUGAAACAGAUUUCUAAUUUUGUUAAUGUAUCUAUUUUCUUGGUAAUUUAAAUACUAAUUAAUUGUGUUUUUGAUAGCUUAUCCUAUCGGUUCUCUUUCAAUUAAUGUUUUGCAUAGAUUGAAUAAAUUUAAUUCUUCUGUGGCUGCUGCUGAUUACUAGUAUUACACCUCUCUCUCUCUCUCUGCAUAUAUAUUUGUGUGUGUUUUUUUGUGUAUGUGAUUAUUUAUCCAGUUUUUUUUUUACUUUUCAUUCUACGUUUAUGAUAAUUCAAUGAUUUGUUUGUUUAUUUUUUCUCCAAUUCUACUUUGUAAUUGGACAUUGUGUGGUUUUUGUGGGGGGUUUUUUUGUCUUUCUGCGCUUUCUUCAUCAUGAUAUAUUAUACAUUUGUAAACUCUGUUUCAUACAAUGAGAAUUUAUGAAAACGGGUAGGAAUGUGUAUUAUUAUGAAUGAAAGUAGUAGAGAUGUAAAACAGUGAUUAUUGAUUAUCUUGUUUUUCUACGAUUUUCAGUUAUGUGAAAUAUAUAUAUGUUUUAAGUAAUACUAAGCUUUUCUUUAGUGGUUAGAAAAUGAAUGUUAAUAGCCACGUACUUCUCUGUGUAAUGUUGUCCAACGGCAAAACGUUGUGAGAGAGCUAGGAGUGGUCAAACUAAGAUGAGAUCAAAUCAUUUAAUCAUCAAUUUGAAACUAGCAAGCUUCGUGAUCAAGGUUUACUUGAUAUGGUCAUAAUCAAUGGUUUAAAAAACCGUGAGUGAUGUUGGGAUACAUAUACAUCGAAUCUUCAUCGUUUAUCAAAAUCUCUAAAACUGAAUAGAAUUUGUAACUAUGUCAGAUGCAAUAGAAGCGAUUAAUACAAUUUGUGUAAACAUAAAUUGACUACAUGAAGAAAAGUUUUGUUAGUAAGCUCAAUUAGAACAAUGUUUACACCUUUAAUAUCUCCAUAAUUUCAUUUGUGAAUUGUGAUAUAAUCA